AUGGCAACAAAAACAAGAGACUCGAGUGUGGUGGGAAAGGAGAAGAAGGUUUCAUCUUCAAAUUCUGCGACAACAAGUACCAAAAAGACCCUAACCAAGCCAUCCUCAACGAACAAGGCCACCUCAAAUCAAUCAACAGAUAAACAAAUCCCUAACUAUCUGAAGCCCACAUUAAGCUCAAUACGCCUUGAAACCCACUCCUCCUUCAAGCUUCCUAAGAAUGAUCCUCCCACCAAACCCACCCUAAAUCGAAGAAGAUCUUUGGACCCAUCAUCAUCAUCUUCAAGGGUACCCAAACAAGCAUAUUCAUCAUCUGUUUCAAGACAACAUAAGGCCCUUGUGUCCCCUGGUCCACGGGAAAGGUCCCUACCAUUUCGAGCUUCGAGUGCGCCAAGUAAAACUACUCUUAACCCAUCAAAACCCGUUCCAGAGAGGCUUUCAAAGACCCCAGUAGGAGGAAGAACUCAAUCACUAAGUGGGAAGACGGUUAAGAAGAGCAACAAUAACGUUUCUACUUCAAAUCCUAAAAAGGUAAUAACUCGUCAUGCUUCUGUUGACUCAAAUAACAUUUCAGAGAGUAGCAAUACUUCUGAAACAGAAGAUAAAGAACCUGUAAAUGAAGUGGUUGAAGAAGUGGAAAAAGUGGAGAAUCUAGAAGAACUCACACAUCAAGUCAUUGACUCUGAACAUGAAAAUGAAAAUGAAAAUGAGCAUGAUCAUGAUCAUGGAAAGCAAGGAAAAGAACAUGAACAUGAUCCUAAAGAGAAUGAGGAUGAUCAUGAUAAUGAAAAAUAUGAGAAAAAGCAUGAUCAUGAAGAGUGUAAGCAAAAGCUUGAGGAAACUGAUCACCCUCAUGUUCAGGAGGAUGGUGAGAAGGAUAUUCCUAAUGUCUUAGAAGAAGACCAACUAAAAGAGAAUGAUAAUACAAACCAAGAUGAAUGCAACAUUGAAGAGAGUCAUUCAGAAAAUGAUAAUACAAAUCAAGAUGAAUGUAACAUUAGAGAGAGUCAUACAGAAAAUGAUAAUAUAAAGCAAGAUGAAUGUAACAUAAAAGAGAGUAAUUCAGAAACUGAUAAUGCAAACCAAGAUGAAUGCAACAUUAAAGAGAGUCAUUCAGAAGUUGGUCAUGCAACAAUUGAUGAAGUUGAGGUCAAAGAAGAAGAACGGGAACAAAAACAAGGACAAGAAAAAGAAGAAGGUGAGGUUGUAAUAGAAGAUUAUGAAACUGAGACCAACAAUGAAAAAGAGGCCGUGGACGAGAAAAAAGGAGUUGAAGAAGAAGGAACAAGUGAAGAGAUUAAAGAAUCAAGGGAAGGAGAAGAUAAACAAGAAGAUAAACAAGUAGAGAGUGAAUUUGAAGAUGAAAAAGUUGAGCUAAUAAAGCAAGUACAAGCAAGUGAUGAGGUGCAAGGACAGAAAGAGGCUCACACUUCAGUAUUCAACGAUGCCAUUGAAGAGAAUACGAACAAGCUAUUGGAAGACAGGAGGAAUAGAGUAAGAGCAUUAGCUGGAGCAUUUCAAAAUGUCAUUGACCAUCAAAAAACCAAGUGA